GCCAAGCAUCCGUCGUCGACGGUACUUAGGGGUAUCGAAAUCGCCACAGAGUCGUCUUCUCAUUGUUCAUGACAGGAGACAAGACAUGUUUCUUUCAUUCAAAGAUAUUUAAAGCUGGCACAAUCUGUCGCUAAAUAUCAUUCCACCUCAUGCCAUGGCGUUUCAGCAGGCCCCUCCAGAUACCUACUUUCUAUAUGCCGAGAUCGAUGACAAACCGACCUAUGAGGCGUUAGCCUCCCUGCAGAUCCCUAUCCUUACUAUCAUACUGCACAAUCUUCGUGAACUCCUCCUCAAUAAUAAGACUAUCCGUCUGGCUUACAUAAGAUCACUUGCCAUCUCAUCUACCUCUAAUGAAACAUCCGCUGAAAUGGACCCGAUAAUUCGAGCCCUCUUCCGAGAUGACGGCCCUAAAGAGAUCGGCCUCAUGGAACUCGACGACAUCUUUGCGGUCACCUAUCGCUUCUGCGACAAGUACCCUAGGCUUUUCAUCUCCUGGAAGUUAGGGCUCGCACUAAGUCAAAUCAGCGCCAACAUCCUUUGCUCUUUAACGCGGGAGGAUCGGAACUUGAUUGUUCUCGUUGGCGUUAUUUUACAUCACGAAAUGGCUCACUACAUCCGUGGGGUAGAACUCGGCUCUACGCCCACUCCGUCUGGCAUCGUAUACCCUCGAAAGAUCUCUCAGAUAUCUGAGGACUACUUUUCGAAUAAUUACGCUGAGGCCGGACUGGACGUUGAGGGUAAAUUGUUUGGCGGAUUGCUACAUCCCAUAUACAGGCUAGAUCGCGAAGACGACUAUAGCUUCAUCGAUGGUUUUUACUUCAUCAAAGAAUUGUGCGGAGUAUACUACGACCUAACGGCAUUCGUGGUUAAUACGUCUUACAUUACGAGACUGGCUGAUACAUGGCUGGGAAAUACACCGGUACAUUUGGCUUCUCUCGAGGUCGAUGUUCUCAGGGAUGCAUCCGAAGUGAAGUUGGUUAUCCGGCCCCCUCAUCAACACGGUCCCGAUGUGAGCACCAAAGGGUCGGGAGGCCAGUUGUGGUUCAGAUGGGGGGAAAUGGAGAUCCCUGCGAUAGAAGUCUGUAGUAUUGAGGAGCACAUGGCAUGCAAAUGUAUCACUAGAGAUGUGCCAUAGGUAUUGGAGUUCAUCAGACCUCUCAGGCUGCUGAAUCAGUACUUGGUUCAACAAAUCGGCAAAGCCUCA